AUGUGUGAGAUUGCCACUGAGAGCUUCGUCGUCGUCGCCGCCGCCGAAAGCAGGGCCUACAGCAACCCGCUGGGCGUGCACUCGCUGGUCUGGUGCGGCGAGUGGGACGAGGCGGCGGCAAGAAGGGCGGCGGUGGGGUCGGCGGCGGCUGGAUUCAAUCUCGUGGAGAUCCCCGCGUUUGACGCCGCCAGGCUGGACGGACGGAUGACGAGGCGUGUGCUGGAGGAGCACGGGCUCGCGGCCGCGACCAGCCUGGGGCUGACGCUGGACUCUGACAUAUCCAGCGAAGAUAAAGAGGUGGUCGCUCGCGGCGUGGCGGCGCUGGAGGACGCCCUGCGUUUCAGCGCGGACGCGGGGGCGCGGCACAUGUGCGGCAUCCUGUACUCGGCCCUGGCAAAGUACCCCGGCCCGCCGACCGCCGCCGGCCGCGCCAACGCCGCCGCCGCGCUGCGUGGCCUGGCGUCCAAGGCGUCAGACCUGGGGGUGGCGCUGUGCCUGGAGGUGGUCAACCGCUACGAGACCAACCUGCUCAACACGGCCGCGCAGGCGGCCGCGUUCGUGGACGAGGUCGACCACCCCAACGUAUUCAUCCACCUGGACACGUACCACAUGCACAUCGAGGAGGUCUCCAUGGGCGCGGCGGUACAGGCGGCGGGCAGCAGGCUGCGGUACAUUCACAUGGGGGAGUCGCACCGCGGCUACCUCGGGACUGGCUCAGUCGACUUCCAAGGGCUGUUUGAGGCCCUGGCGGCCGCGGGCUACGCGGGGCCCAUCACCUUUGAGUCCUUUUCCAGCGCCGUCGUCUCGGAGCAGCUCAGCAACACGCUGUGA